AUGAAAGCAAUCAAAGAACUUUAUACUUAUUUGAAUCAACAAAACGCGUCUUUCUUUUCGUCUAAUAUUCCCGAUUUUGUGGAGAAAAUCAAACAAUUUUACAUUGUUGUAUGUCAAGAAAUCCAUGACAAUGGUAAUACUAUUAAUCAACUUAAGCAAAGUGCAAUUGAUUAUCCAAACGAAAUAAAUCGACUUAAAGAAGAAAACCAAAAUAAAGACAUAGACAUAAAGCAACUCAAUGACUCUUUAAUUCAAUUUCAAACGAACGAUUUGACUCAAAGAGAAACAAUAAAAUCACUCGAAGAUGAUAUGAAACAAAAAGACGACGAACUUGCAAGUGAGAAACGUAAGUUGGAUUCCAUUAAAAUGUCUUUUUCUUCUUUUAUGGCGUCGACUGAAAAGUACAUUUCAAAACUCGAAAAAACGAUUUCGGCUCUACGAACUGAAUUGGCUGAUGAACGAAAUAAACAAGAAGAACGAAACUAUGAAAACACUUCACAAAAUGAUUUGACACGGAAAUUGGAAAUGUUAACAACCCUCCUCAAAGUUAACGAACAAAAGAACACACUAAAUCAGUCACAACAAACGCAAAGUAUCAGCACUUUGAUUAGCACAAAAGACUCUAAAAUUACUGAAUUGCAAAAGACUAAUGAACAAUUAACAAAUUCUCUUCAGAGCUGUCAACAACAUUUAAGUUGUGUUCAAGACGACAAAACACACCUAGAAAAGAAAGUUUCUCAACUCGAAACUGAACUUCAAAGUCUUAAAAAUGCUCAUCAAAAAGAAAAGAAAAUUGAGACAAAAAACAACUCAAAAAGUGACUUAAAACAAGACCAAAACUCAUCAUCACAAGAAAUCCAAAUUCAAGACAACGCUGAAAGCCAAAUUCAAACCCACAAACUCGCUGUCCCUCUUCUUCUCUUUCAUAAUGGCGGGAAUUUUAAUAUCGAUAUAGACAAUCAGAGUGUUACAUUGUCAAUCGAAAAGGGAAGUCAAGAACCUCUUUUAUUUGAUAUUCCAACUCAAAGUGGAAAAGUCCGUUUAGAAGUUUCAAGUGACAAAAUCGAGAACUUGAGAAGAGACAAUUACGACUUGUAUUACACAGUCUUCUUAAAUGAACAGUUCAAAGACCAAAGUGUCCAACUCCAGAUCUCUGUGUUGGAUUUCAAUAACACUUUAAACGUCCAAGCUAAAGAGAAUUCCACAUGGACCGUUGGAGACUUUGGGUUGAACAUUGGAAACACAGGAAAGCGUGGGACCCUCUACCUUACAAUUCAAUUUGUGUGA